AUGGCUAAGGAAUUUCACUACCAUGUUAGAUCCAUUAGCUUGCCUUGUAGGCUACACCCUUCACUACCCAAGAUUGAAAAAGAGCUAAAGAGGCUUAAAACAUGGGAAGCUUCAUCAUCACAUUCUCAAACUGAGGCUAUCAAAUCAGGUUUAGCAGGGCUCACAGGGUUGUACAAUUGUGUGGAGGAGCUUGUUGGUUGUCCACACACUCAACAAGCUCUUCUACACCAUGAAAAGCAUGUGGAGAAGCCACUUGACAUGUCAGUUGGUUUGCUGGACACGUGUGGAUCAGCAAGAGAAUUGUUGUCACUGAUGAAGGAGCACGUACUAGAGCUCCAAUCAGCCCUACGCAGAAAGGGUGUGGACUCAAGUGUCAAUAACCAGAUUUGUGCUUACAUUUGUUUUAGGAAAAGGGCAAGAAAAGACAUCACAAAAAGGCUCAAAGCACUUAAGACAAUGGAAAAUUGUUUUAAGUCUUGUUCAUGCCCUCUCUUGGAUAUAGACCACCAUGUACCAAUGGUGAUCAAUGUUCUAAGAGAAAUAAGCAAAAUCACCAUCUUGUUUUUCAAGAAACUAUUACUUUUCAUGUGUGCACCCGUGUUAAGCAAUAGUGGGAGGUCAUUGUUGGGAAGAAUAGUGUCCACUAGAGAUGAUAAGGAAAAGAGGGUGAUCAAUGAGAUGGGGGACAUUGAUAUUGCUCUAUGCUCCUUCCAUAGACGUUUUAAGAAAAUUGAUGCUAAGAGUGAUGUACAAAUUGUGAAGAGGAGAUUAGGGGAAGUAGAGGGGAGUAUUAGAGAAUUGGAGGAGGGAUUAGAUUGCCUCUUUAGGUGCAUGAUACAACAAAGAGUGUCACUUCUUAACCUUCUUACAAAAUUUUGA